AUGGCGCCGCAGCUGCUGCAUCUGCCGGAUGGCCAGACCUUCACCGUCACGCCCGUCUUCGCCGGCCUGGGCUUCAAGAGCCACGAGAUGAACAUGCAUCCCAAUGCCUUCCCCAUCGGCUGGAACGUCGUCUUGCACACCGAAGAAGAGGUCGAGUCGCCCUUUGCCAACAACGAAGAGAAUUCGAGCUCAGAUCCUUCACGGCCGCCCUCCCGUAAGACGCGAGUGCAUCCCUUCACACGCCCGACGCUGCAAAACGACACCCUCUUCAUCUCGUCCAUCUCGAAUCCGUCCAACUCCGACUUCAAGCCUGCGGCCAGUCCCACGAGGCAGAUCGCCAUGAUGAUGUGGGUGACGCUGUACUGGUACUUUCACCAGCCGAAGCCUCUUCCACAGCUCCAUACCGAAGCGGCAAAGAAUACCCCAGACUACGCGAAACCCAAUGGCGAGUGGAAGAUCAACAUCAAGCGGGAGGGCGUGCUCCGCGGCCGCAACCUGAUUCCCAAGCUGGAGCGCAUGGGCCUGAUUGCGGCCGAAGACACAUCCAGCGGCACCGAACUCGACGAUAGCGGCGACGAGUGGGCCAAGAUGUUUGUCUCGAGGCGCAUGUUCUGGCAGAUCCCGGGUCACCUGUUCCUCUUCACGCUGCAGCCAACCCAAAAGACCAACUCGUCCGUCCCCGGAUCACCUGUCGGUAGCCGUCCGAGCUCUCCUGUGCGAGGCGAGUCCGCCAUCAACCAUUACCUAUCCAUGGACGGCUUGGCACGCUUUGAUAGCGAUCUGCCGGGUGGGCCCAUGCCGACCAGCGUUCCUCACACUCCCGUCGUUCCAAUUGGGCCCUUUUACUCGACCUCGCAUCUGCCGACUUACUUCCCUCCUCCUCCGCUGCAGUACACCUUCACAGACGGCGUCCGACACCCCGUGCGGCCGAAGCCUCAUAGAAUGGGCGAGAUCUUCUACUCACGCUUCGUUCCCAGCGUUGGCCAAUACCUGUCAUUCCGCGUCGCUUCCACAUCAACCAGUCCAGUCCCGUAUCUUGGCCCCGUCGGAGGCAAUGUCGAUACCCGGGACCACGCACACUUGACCCUCAUGACGGACAUGCAGCUUCUUCAGACAUGGAUGGCAAAGCCCCGCGUCAGUGAGUUCUGGGGCGAGUACAAGCCAGGCUUCCUGGAAGGCGUCCUCAAGAUGCGCAACUCAUUCCCCGUCAUCGCCGCGUGGGACGGCAUCCCCUUUGGCUACUUUGAGAUUUACUGGGUCAAGGAGGAUAUCCUCGGCCGGCACUUGUCGAGCAUUGUGGGAGACUUUGAUCGUGGCGUGCACGUCUUUGUUGGCGAGGAGUGGGCGAGGGGACGGGUGUCUCAGUGGUUGACGAGUCUUGUGCAUUGGUGCUUUAUUGCUGAUAAUCGGACCAUGAGCGUGUGUCUGGAGCCGCGGAUUGAUAACGGCAGGAUGCUGCGGCACUUGGACGAGGCGGGCUUUGGCAAGGAGAGACAGGUUUCGUUUCCGCACAAACAGUCAUGGUAUGUCAGGCUGUGGCGAGACGCAUGGGAGGGGCCGACACUGUGA